CAAACUGCAGAUUGGAUAAAGUAGAGAGAUCAAGUAUAAGUAGGGAGAUGAAUGCCUGCUUCUCUACAAAGACCCAACAAAGGACUUCUUCUUCUUCUUUCCACUCUUUAGGUUUCCCUCUGUAUUUACAUGUUUGAUGAACGUUAGAUACAGACUGCAUAGCUAAGCAAUAUGGCAGGUGGUGGUCUCGUCACCGGUCCCGGAAAGAACUAUCCGGGCAAUCUCACGUGCAGGGUUUUCAUGACCUGCAUCGUCGCGGCGACCGGAGGUUUGAUCUUCGGCUAUGAUCUCGGCAUAUCAGGUGGAGUUACGUCGAUGGACUCCUUCUUGAAGGAGUUCUUUCCCUCGGUCUACCAGAAGGAGUCGUCGGUGACGCCAUCCGACGAUCAGUACUGCAAGUUCAACAGCCAGAUCCUGACCCUGUUCACCUCGUCGCUCUACUUGGCGGCGCUCGUGUCGUCGAUGGCAGCGUCCUCCGUAACCCGGGCCUUUGGGAGGCGGUUUACGAUGCUCUCGGGUGGCCUCCUCUUCUGUGCUGGCGCGAUCAUCAACGGCUUUGCCAAGUACGUCUGGAUGCUCAUUGUCGGCCGCAUCUUACUAGGGUUUGGCAUUGGAUGUGCUAAUCAGUCUGUACCGAUCUAUGUAUCCGAAACGGCUCCCUACAAGUACCGCGGCGCGCUGAAUAUGAUGUUCCAAUUAGCAAUCACGAUCGGGAUCCUUAUAGCCAACCUCCUCAACUACAUGUUCGCCAAGAUAGAGGGCGGCUGGGGGUGGCGUCUCAGCCUAGGCGGCGCAGUCGUCCCCGCCCUAAUCAUAAUCCUCGGGUCGUUCAGCCUCCCAGAGACGCCUAAUUCGCUGAUCGAGCGCGGGAAGUUCGACGAAGCCCGAGCUCAGCUGGUACGCAUCCGGGGGAUCAAGAACGUGGACGAGGAGUUCGAGGACCUGGUGGCGGCCAGCGAGCGGUCCAAGCAAAUGAAGCAUCCGUGGGCGAACUUGUUGAAGAGGAAGUAUCGGCCGCAGCUGACCAUGGCGAUAUGCAUCCCUUUCUUCCAGCAACUGACCGGGAUGAACGUCUUCAUGUUCUACGCGCCAGUCCUGUUCAAGACGAUCGGGUUCGGGAGCACCGCCUCUCUCAUGUCAGCCGUGAUCACGGGCGGGGUGAAUGCACUUGCGACGUUCGUCUCGAUCUUCGCCGUGGACAAAUUCGGGAGGAGGUUUUUCUUCUUCGAGGGUGGACUCCAAAUGCUCAUUUGCCAGGUGGUGAUCACCGUGGCCAUCGCACUCAAGUUCGGGACUACCGGCAACCCCGGCACGCUGUCCCACUCGUACGCCCUGACCGUGGUGGUGGCGAUCUGCACGUACGUGGCGGGCUACGCGUGGUCGUGGGGCCCGCUGGGCUGGCUGAUCCCUAGCGAGAUAUUCCCCCUGGAGAUCCGGUCAGCCGCGCAGAGCAUCAACGUGUCGGUGAACAUGAUCUUCACCUUCUUCAUCGCGCAGAUCUUCACCCUCAUGCUGUGCCGGCUCAAGUUCGGGCUCUUCAUCUUCUUCGCUUGCUGGGUCGUGAUCAUGACCAUCUUCAUCUACAAGUUCCUGCCGGAGACCAAGGGCAUCCCCAUCGAAGAAAUGCACCGCGUGUGGGAGAAGCAUCCUUACUGGAGCAAGUUCGUUAAGGAGGGCGGUGACGGCGGCAACGGGAAAAGUGGCGGCGGUGAUGAUGAUAAGCCGGUGUCUCUGGAGUAGUGGUGCUCGAGAUGAAGGAAAUUCACUGUAAGGCAAGUGUCUUUGUCAAUUUCUACCUCAAGAUAGUAGUAGAACAACUUGAGAAUGUCUCUGUUGGGGAACAAUAUGUCUUAUGUUUAUUGGCGCUUUGAAUAACCCUUUUUCUAGUUUUUAAUUUUCUUCUCUGGGCUUAUGUUGAAACAUUAUGGUUCUGCUUGGAAAAAAGAUAAAAAUCUUGA